AGUUGAAAGAAGACAAGCCCCGUCAAGAUGAACGCUGUCAUUUUGGUCUGUGCCCUAGCUUUGGCUGGUGUGUCCGCCCUCCCUGCUGACCUGAAUGCUAUUGAAAAUGAAGACAUUCACCUGGAAGAUGUUACCCACGGCAUCAAGAAAGUCACUGAUUUCAUUGCCGAUAUUUUUGGCAAAAGGGAUAUUGAGAACCAGGAUCUGGAUCUGGGGACCAUAACAAAAUUGGUAGAUUUGUACAACAAGGUGGCCCCCAUUCUGAAAGUAAUUGGCCGGAGAGAUGUUGCACCAAUGGAAGUGGAAGACUUUGCUUUGGAAAAGGUCACAGAAGGCAUCCACAAGGUCACCCACUUCGUCGCCUCUCUCUUUGGAAAGAGAGACACUCUUCCAGUCGAGGUCCUAGACACAAACUGGGAUGCUGUAAAAGACGACCUUAAAGGCAUUGGCAAAGAUAUCGUGAAAAUAAUCCCAGGAGCUAUUGGUAUUGCCAGUAUGUUCGGCAAGAGAGAGACUCUCCCAGUCGAGUUCCAAGACACAGACUGGCACAAGGUAGGGGACGACCUUAAAGGCAUUGGCAAUGAUCUCGUGAAAAUAAUCCCAGGAGCUGUUGGUAUUGCAAGCUUGUUCGGCAAGAGAGACACUCUUCCAGUUGAGGUAGAAGACACAGACUGGCACAAGGUAGGGGACGACCUUAAAGGCAUUGGCAGUGAUCUCGUGAAAAUAAUCCCAGGAGCUUUUGGUAUUGCAAGCUUGUUCGGCAAGAGAGACACUCUUCCAGUUGAGGUAGAAGACACGGACUGGCACAAGGUUGGAGACGACCUUAAAGGCAUUGGCAGUGAUCUCGUGAAAAUAGUCCCAGGAGCUGUUAGUAUUGCAAAAUUGUUCGGCAAGAGAGAAGCAGAGACUGAGGAUUUUGAUUUGGGAAAAGUUAUAAAGGAGGUCAAGACAGGUCUGACAGUCCUUAAACUGUUUGGAAGAGAUGUAGAAGAACAGGAUUUUGAUUUGGGAAAAGUUAUAAAUGAGUUCAAAACUGGUCUGACAGUCCUUAAACUGUUUGGAAGAGAUGUUGAAGAACAGGAUUUUGAUUUGGGAAAAGUUAUAAAUGAGGUCAAGACCGGUCUGGCAAUCCUUAAACUGCUGGGAUGAGAUGUUGGUAUGCGAGAAAGAAGCUGUUACUGAGGUCAAGACUUGUCUUACAGGCAUUCAAUCCUUUUGAAAAGAUGUUCCUCAGCAAGACUUUGACUUGGGGGAAAAUUAUUAAUGAACGAGAAGCAUUGACCCAGGAUUUCACGCUUGGAAAUUGACAAUGUUAAAAACCUUAAAUCAGAUGUCUCUAAAAAAGCAAUAUCUUGUUGUGAAAACAAACAGUAUAAAUAAAUCUUGUUGGUGUUCCAAAAACUCAAA